AUGGUGUGUCUCUCAACUCCUCACUUUCGAUUUCACCGCGUGCUGGACCGCGAACGGAUGCUUGCUAUUCGGUCACUUACAGCUUCGGCCUUGGCCUGUGCUCUCCUGGCAACCCAGUUCCCCUCCGUCGUUGCUGACUACACGGUUAAAGCUGAUGUCUCGACAACGCUGCUGGAGAAGUGGGAAGGAUGGGGCACUUCGCUCUGCUGGUGGGCCAACGCGUUCGGAGACCGUGAAGACAUCGCGGAUGUGUUCUUCACGCGUAAGGAGAGUGUAAAGCUGGAAGGAGCAACAACAACGCUUCCAGCUUUAAGUUUCAACAUCGCGCGUUACAAUAUUGGCGGGUCGAGCAAGAACGUUAUCGAUGAUGGCGGCACCGAGAUCGCCAUGAAGCAAUCGGAAAAUAUGCCACCAUUCAAGUUCAUUGAAUCAUUUUGGCUUAACUGGGCAAGCAACGACUCGACGAGCAAAAGCUGGAACUGGGAUGCCGACCUGAAGCAGCGCACGAUGCUCGAUCUGGCCAUCAAACGCGGCGUCGACAUUACGGAAGCGUUUUCAAAUGCCCCUCCUUGGUGGAUGACGCACAACCACGCCACUGCUGGCGGAGACGACGGCAAGAAGGACAAUUUGCAGUCCUGGAAUCACGACGCAUUUGCACUGUAUUUGGCCACAGUCGUCAAGCAGGCCAGGGAAAGCUGGGGUGUUAACUUCACGUAUAUUGAGCCUUUCAACGAGCCGAUGAGUACAUGGUGGACUUACCCGGGCAAGCAAGAGGGCUGCCAUUUCGAAGUAAAAACGCAGAACGAUGUAUUGCUUCAACUUCGAGGAUAUCUGGAUAAAUUCGGGCUGAAAGAUGUUAUCAUUGCAACUUCUGACGAAAACACGCCUUCGAUAGCGUUGUCGACGCUAACCGCAAUGUCAGAAAACCCCGAUGUGAUGGCCACUUUUGGCAAGGUGAAUACGCACGGCUACGAAGGACUUAGUCCAUACCGUGGAAAGGAUCGUGGGCCUUUGAAGUCGCUCGUAACGAAGUCGAAGAAGACGCUGUGGGACUCUGAAUACGGCGAAAAAGAUGGAACGGGGCUUGGUAUGGCCGAAUCGAUCGCCUUGGAUAUUAAUCAGAUGGGUGUGUCGGCGUUCGUGUACUGGCAAGCGCUUGACGGUGGAGGCUGGGGCCUUAUUCAGUCGAGUCCAGGCAAUAUGACCAUUAACACGCCUAACACCAAAUACUACGCGCUGGCACACUAUUCACGCCACAUUCGACCGGGCAUGGCCAUCCUAUCGACGGACGACGUGAAUACCGUAAUGGCCUAUGACGCGACGUCCAAGUUGUUGAUACUUGCUACAGUAAAUACGGGAGAUGCGGCUUCAAAAGUCAAAUACGACUUGGCAAGCUUUAAGACUGUUGCUGGACCGGUGUCUGCAUGGACGACGGAGACGAGCGGUAAGGGUGCACUCUACAAGCCGUCGAAGGUGGAGCUGACUGGGACGUCGUUCAGUGUGUCGAUUCCGGCUGCAUCGGUGAUGACAUUCGAGGUUGAGGGAGUUGCUUGAAUGAGGUGCUUGAUCGCAAACGAUCGAGAUGAUCCUGCUGCAUUCAUGAUCCAGGAUUAAAUUGAUCUAACUUUGUCAGCACAUCGAGCUUUGGAUCAUCUGGCUAUCGAUACCGAGUCCACGAUGGCCGAUCAACAACUAUGGUGCGUUAGCGUUACAGAAGAAUUACGUACUUGACUGACUCACUUGACUCACGUCGAUUCUCGGA